AUGAGUGAACCUGUGCCAAAGCAGCCCGAGGAAAGCACCAACCUGUACGAGGUUCUAGGAGUGGAAAAAUCAGCCAGUGAGCUGGAGAUAAAAACAGCUUACCGCAAGUUGGCGCUUAAGUAUCACCCAGACCGUAACGCAGGCUCAGUCGAGGCCGCUGACAAGUUUAAGUUGGCUAGCGCUGCCUACGCGGUAUUAAGUGAUCCCAAUAAGCGCCGCCAGUACGAUGUGGCAGGUGAAAGUGGCAAGGACAUAGAGUUUGAAAGUGUAGAUGUCGAGUCCAUGGGUGGCUUUGGCCGUGUCGUCGGUGCGCUCUUCACGAAAAUCGGCAUGCCCAUACCCACUCAGAUCUCGCAGACUGUGCUGUCCGCGGCGCGCGACCUGUGCGAUGAGCGCAACAAUUCGACGCAAUUGCCGCAUGUUACCCGGAUGGUUUUCGGCAUGGAGCGUCACGCUAAGGUGGACAAGCAAGACGCGCAUUUUUACAAGCUGCAGGUGGACAAGGAUCGAGAUUCUGUCGUUUUUAUGUGUCGCUCGGCAAGCAAAAGCAAGUUUAAACUGGUAUUAUUUGACCAGCAUGGAGCAGUGCGCAUGGUGCAAGAGUCAGUAAAAAAAGCGCGCUGUACCGCUGCGGACAUGUAUCUUUCCAGCACUGUGGAGCUCAUGGAUCUCAAUCCCGAAUUGUGGCCUUUAUCCACAAACGAUUCGGAAUUACCCGAAAUUUUCAGUAAAUUGUCGCUUUUUGAGGUACGACGGACGGUGCCACUCGAAAAGGGUGAGCAUUUAUUUUGUGUCUACGGUGAUAAUUGGCUGUCAGCUGUUAAGUACUCGAUUAAGUGCUUAAAGAUUGACGAGCAGUCUCCUGCUUUGCGUAGCAUUCAGGAAGCUGAACACGAAUUGGCUGGCAUCAAACACGAUCUUGACGCGUUGCAAAAAGAAUAUGUGGCUGCUAAGCUCGCUUUCGAGAAGGUUUGCGCGCGUGUGGAGGCUAAACAGAUUCGGACGGAAGAGUUGCUACAGGAGCGCGAACAAUCGUAUGAAGCUUUUUUAGCUGGAUGUGAUCCUAAUCGGACUGUUGGUCCAUUCGAUGAAUCGCGGGGCUCCAACACACCACAAAACGGCCAGAAGGGGCCGCCGAGCGGGUCGGGUAGCCCUGCUGGUGGAAUUCGAAACAUUUUUGGCGGCCUACAAAACCGUUUCUUUGUCGGCAAAGAACGCACAAGCUCAAUGGAUGCUAACAUCAACAUGCCGCCUCACAAUCAUUAG